CGGGGGCUUACAUGCUACUGCCACCCCGACUGUGAGACGGACGGGGACGAAGGCGACGAGCAGCAGCGGCAGCUGAACACUCCGCGCAGGAAAAAAUUAAAGAGUACAUCUAAAUACAUCUAUCAAACAUUGUUUUUGAAUGGUGAAAACAGUGACAUUAAAAUCUGUGCUCUAGGAGAAGAGUGGCGCUUCCACAAAGUAUACCUGUGUCAAUCUGGCUACUUUUCUAGUAUGUUCAGUGGUUCUUGGAAAGAAUCCAGCAUGAAUGUNNUUGAACUGGAGAUUCCUGACCAGAAUAUUGAUGUGGAAGCACUGCAAGUUGCCUUUGGAUCUCUGUAUCGAGAUGACGUCUUGAUAAAACCCAGUUGAGUUGUUGCCAUUUUGGCAGCAGCUUGUAUGCUGCCGUUGGAUGGUUUAACCCAACAGUGUGGUGAGACAGUGAAGGAAACAAUGAAUGUGAAAACUGUGUGUGGCUGUUACACAUCAUCAGGGACCUAUAGAUUAGAUUCUGUAAUGAAAAAGUGCCUAGACUGGCUGCUAAACAACUUGAUGACUCACCAGAGUGUUGAGCUUUUCAAAGAACUCAGUGUAAACGUCAUGAAACAGCUCAUUGGUUCAUCUAACUUAUUUGUGAUGCAAGUGGAGGUGGAUGUAUAUGUGUAGGUAUACUACUUGAGGUUGCUCACCGUGGUAAAAAUCUGGUAGCAGUGCUUCUGAGUGUUAGAGAUGGUGGAGGAACUACACAGCUGCUUGGCUCACUGGGGUUCUGCUCAGUAAACACGUCAUCAACUGAAAUAUAGCUGUCAAGAAAGCAUUUAUUCCACCUGAUUUCCUGAGCACCCUGCUGGGCUACACCCUUCUGGAACAUGCUGAGAACACAUACUUAGCCUGCAGUUGGCCACAUCACCUAAGCCAGUCCUGUUACAUCAUUAAGUGUUGUGCGUCUUCUGUAAUUUGUUAAGUGCUGUCCUGAAGUAAAGCAGUGUGGUCCAUGGCACACUUCUGCACCAUUGUGAAG